AUGGGGCCUUUCAUCAUUCCUUCUGUUUUGCUUUGGCAUUUGUUUUUCUUUGUUAUCACCAUUUUCCAAGGAGUCAAUGCUCAAGUUAAUGGCUGGUUAAAUGCUCAUGCAACUUUCUAUGGGGCUGACCAAAGUCCCUUUUCUCUUGGAGGAGCUUGUGGAUAUGAUAACACCUUCCAUGCUGGUUUUGGAGCAAACACAGCCGCUUUGAGUGGUGCACUAUUUAAAGAGGGUGAGGCAUGCGGGGCUUGCUACCAAGUAAGGUGCGAUUAUAGGGCUGACCCCAAGUGGUGCCUUCGACUUGCUAGUGUGACCAUCACAGCCACCAACUUUUGCCCUUCCAACAACAAUGGAGGAUGGUGCAAUCCUCCUCGUCAGCAUUUCGACAUGUCGAUGCCUGCCUUCCUUCGCAUUGCCCGGAAUGGCAACGAAGGCAUUGUUCCGGUCCUCUAUAGGAGGGUGCCAUGCAAGAGGAGAGGUGGAGUUCGAUUCACCUUGAAAGGGCAAUCAAGUUUCAACAUGGUGAUGAUCUCCAAUGUCGGGGGCAGUGGUAACGUGAAGGCGGCAUGGAUAAGAGGCUCGAGAACGAGAACAUGGCUGCCAAUGAAUAGGAAUUGGGGAGCUAAUUGGCAAAGCAGCAUUGAUCAAAGAAACCAAAGACUGUCUUUUAAGCUAACUUUGGUCGAUGGCAAAACAUUGGAGUUUCUCAAUGUCGUUCCUCCUACUUGGAAGUUUGGACAAACAUUUGCUUCAACACAACAGUUCUCUUAA